UUAGGGAAAUAUUCCCAGCAGUACUUUUGUAAAUAUGUCUUUGGCGGGUUAAUCACUUUAAAACAGUAAGUUAAACGCUGCUUAAAAGUGAAUAAAACCAAUUAUUCUGUGUAUGACAUCACUUUAAAAUGCGUUUUUCAAACCUGCUCUGAUUUCAUCUUUUCAAAAAAGGCUGUGCUGUUGUCAACGCAGCUUCUGGGCUGCGCGCUCCCGCCGUGGUAAAUCUGUGCCAGGCGGGUGCCCGCCGCUGGAAUGCGCCCUCCUGCUCUUCGCCCCCAUCCUCCCGUACUUUGCUCCGCUGCAGAUUUAGAGAGAAACACGGAUAAAGAUGGAAAUAUGGAGGAAAAAUGUGGUUUUAAUUAGUGAAACAAUUUAGCCGCGUGAUGUGACGUGUCUUCUUCUCUCAUGACCUCUGAACACCUGUUUUGUUUCCUUUCAGGGGAUGGAAAGUCAACGAGAAAUUUGACUUGAAGCAAGUUUAUAUUUUUCCGUGGACCUUAAUGAGACUACAUUAUCAAAUUUUAUGAGUUCUUUUUCCUUUAUGUUCCUUUUUGAAUUGAGUUGUGCUGCUGGAGUUGACUCAGACCGGAGUACACCCCUUUAUAAAUAAGUCAGAAAGGUGGUUCUGCCUCAUUUACAUAUUCAUUGUUUUGGUUUUUUGAUUAACAUUUUUUUUCCAGUUUUGAGGAGUAUUGAGGUUUGUUCUUCUCAUUGUUCCGUGGAUUUACAUGUAGAAGAGACUGUUUUUCUGAGAAGGAUUCGUCACAGGCUUAUAUAAAGCCAUGUACGCAGGACGCAAGAGGAGAAAACCAGUCCAGAGAGCGGUGAAGCUCCCUCCACCUGAAGGAGCCAAGUCCAAUCCAUCUAAACGCCACAGAGACAGGCUGAAUGGGGAACUGGAGCGUCUGGCCAGUCUGCUGCCUUUUCCUGAAGAGGUCACAGCCAGUCUGGACAAACUCUCCAUCCUCCGUCUGAGUGUCAGCUACCUGAGGGCCAAGAACUUCUUUUCUGGUAAGUGUACAGUGAACUCCAAGCCCAGCUCACAAGUGGCUUACAACUGUUCAGAGGCCAGGAUUCUUGAAGGUGAAAUGCUGCUGCAGGCUCUGAAUGGAUUCAUCCUGGUCAUCACUGCCAGUGGAACCAUCUUCUACUCCUCUCACACCAUUCAGGACUACCUGGGAUUUCAUCAGACUGAUGUCAUGCACCAGAGUGUGUAUGAACUUGUCCACACCGAAGACCAACAGGAACUCAGGAGGAACCUACACUGGGCUUUGAACCCACCUCCUGUCGCUGCAGCUGCUGGUAAUCAGGACUCUCCACAGGAGAUAGAGGCUGAGAGCAGCACAUCAAUAGUCACCUACAAACCUGAACAGCUUCCCCCAGAGAAUUCGUCCUUCCUUGAGAGAAGUUUUAUGUGUCGUUUUCGAUGUCUGCUGGACAACUCUUCAGGCUUUCUGGCACUAAACAUCCAGGGCAGACUGAAGUUUCUUCAUGGUCAGCACAAUCGACAGGAGAAUGGAGGAAAGGUUCCCUCACAGCUGGCUCUGUUUGCUAUCGCCACUCCUCUGCAGCCUCCGUCCAUUUUGGAGAUCAGGACCAAGAACAUGAUCUUCAGAACCAAACACAAACUGGAUUUCACACCAAUGGCUUGUGAUGCAAAGGGGAAGAUAGUGCUGGGUUACACAGAGGCUGAACUGCGAGUACGUGGUUCUGGCUACCAGUUCAUUCAUGCAGCGGAUAUGUUGCACUGUGCAGAAAAUCACGUUAGAAUGAUGAAGACCGGAGAGAGUGGUCUCACUGUGUUCAGGCUCCUUACCAAGGAGAACCACUGGAAAUGGGUCCAGGCCAAUGCUAGACUGGUGUACAAGAAUGGGAAACCAGACUACAUCAUUGCCACCCAGAGACCACUCCUGGAUGAAGAGGGAGGAGAACAUCUGCGGAAGAGGUCCAUGCAUCUGCCCUUCACGUACGCUACAGGGGAGGCUCUGCUCUACCAGUCGGCUCAUCCUAUCCCAGGGUUUGGAGAAACAAGCCAUGACAAAAAUGGCAUGAAGUCAAAAAAGAGUAGGACUGAAAGGCUGCUGAGGGAUGGUCUGGACCCUGGUUCACUACUGGGGGCACUUAUGAGUCAAGAUGAGUCUGUGUAUGUUUGUCAGCCUGCCCUGGAGCCCAAAAUGUCCUUUCACAAUAGCUUCUUUGAACAAAUGGGCUUCUCCAACCCUGAACAGUCCAGUUUGCACAACAGCUGGGAUGAACCAAACAGUGCAGUGCUGGGAUCAAACAUUACAGAGCCAAACAUCAGCUUUGAUCCACUGUUGGCAACACUAGACUCUCUCUCCCUGGAAAGCCAGGGUGUGGUGGAUGCGCAAGAUGGAAGUUGUUCUAACGGUGAGCUGUUCGGUGCGCUGGAAGGGUUGGGCCUGACUGCAGAAGACCUGGAGCUGCUGCUGCUGGAUGAGCGGAUGAUCAGAGUGGAGAUGGACCUCGAACGUGUGCCCACUUUAGAUGACCUGCUCACCAACGAUGAGAUCCUUUCAUAUAUUUAUGACUCAUUGGAAGGAAAAGCUGAGUCUGCAGAGAAUGGAGGACACGUGCCUAACAGCACUGCCCCAGUGACAGUCACCACAACGUCCCUUCCAGAGAGUAUUCCUAACAAUAACAGUAACAUUCAAAUGCAGCAGCCUCACCACAGGCCUCCUCUGGUUGGACAGUCUCCGAUACUACAGCUGUCCCAACAGAUGCAACAACAUCUCAACAUGCGGACAAGUAAAAUGGUACAGGACUGGGGCCAGCAGAGCGACCAUUUGACCAACACUAUAGCCCAUAGGGAGCUGCAGGGACAAGGCCAACCUAUUGCUAAUGGACAGUGGUCGACUCAAGACAUUCCAGCCACUGUAGACAUAGGGUUGAAACACUGCAACACCCAACAGACUCUUUUUAAUGGAAAGGACUCUAAACUUGAACACCAGCAGUUAAGACAUCGACCAUACUUUCAGCAUCAGCAGCAGCCCAGGAUGCAAAACCAGCUCCCACAGCAGGACCAUGUCACCCAUAAUGCAGCUCACCUUAACGGGGUGUGUGGUAUUUCCAGCGCAGAGCAUUCAGCUGGUAGAUCACAGUGGCAGGACUAUGGAUUUAAUGAAAGUCUGUGCAGCAACUCUUGCCUUGACAACAGCCAAAAACCUAUAAUAAGUACCUCAGUAAGUUCUUGCAGGGAUUACAGUGUACCUGGUAUCCAAAAUACAGAGUACUCUCUCAAUGGAAGCAGUAUGUUUGGAAGAAACAGGCAACACCAUGUGGCCGAGUGUGCGGUCCCUUCCUACCAGGGAAUGACCCACCAACGGCUGCAGGACCAGUUCUCAGUUCCUAUAGCCCAGGUCAUCUCUGAACUGUCACAGUGCCCUCCCCCCAACACUUCCCUGGAGCAGAUUCUAGGAGUGGGCAAGUCCUGUCAGCAGCUAGACCACUACGGCAUGGUAACCAUGGAAAUCCCAGAUCCCAACCAUAGCAAGAUAGAAAAUGGCUGCAUCCUGAACACUGCAUACCCAGGAGGCUGCGCUCUACCCAACGGCAAUGGAGCAACGCCCUCUGCUGUUCAAAUGCCCGGACCUGACACGUUGUCCAGCCUCCCUGAUCCACCAGCCACAGGUUUCUACCUUUGACCUUCUGACCUUCUGAUUUUGUACAGACAGCUGAGAACCACACAUGACUGGAGCAGCCUUAUAAACAACAGCACAUUGUAACAGAUGAGUACAAGAAACACUGAUUCCCUUAAAUUUUCAUCAGAUUCUUGUUUUUUCUUCGGAACAGAAGACAAUCAUCGUCUUCUCUUCUAACUUAGAUCAUAUGAAUCCACCGUUUACAGUAACACAGUCAAGAUGCUGAUUUCAUUUUAUUUAACACAGAGUAAAAAGACUUGAGCCGAGUAUUCCAGAAACCAUGUGAAGAACAAUACAGUUCAUACAGUAAAGACAUGUUAGAUAUUUUUUAUUAGGAAUGAAUUCUAAUUGUAAAGUAUUCCAACUCGAGUGGGAUAAUUUAAUUGAUUAGAGAAAACUGAGGUGUCGCUGCAGAAUUUACCCUGAAAUGCAAAACAUUAUGUAAGUCACAUGGUAACUAUCAUGGCCAUUUGAUUAGAGUCUUAGCUGUCAGUUGGAAAAAAUCUUCCCUUGCUUUGUAUGUGAGUUCACAGCCGUCAGCAUCUGUAAACCUUCAGGUUAAUUUUAACAGCACUGUUAGUUUUUCUUUUUCAUCAUGGAACAGAAUGUAAGUCUUUUAUUCCUCCAUUUAUUUCCCUCCCUGGACAUUUUUUUCUUGUCACCAAUGAGAUUCUGUCAUAAAUGUUUUAUUAUGACUAGUAUAAUAUCCUGCACUUUAUUUCAAAACACACAUUUGAACAGAUCUUUUUUUUUCUGUGCGGGGGCUGAUGAUGUUAAUGUAUUUCUUCUGCUGAGGUUCAUUUCAUGUGAUGCUGUUUUAAAUGUUCUCACGGGAACACUGUGAUCAUUUUACAACUCGCUUUACUUGAAAUAAUAUUUUCAGUACUACAGUAUUUGUUAUGCUAAUGUUGACAACCAUGGAGCUCAGGAUGAGUUUAUUGUCCUUUUUUUCAUUGACUUUGACUUGAGUAGGAGAAAAGUUUACGUUGUUUUUACAGUACUGUGUUUCUUCAUGUACUUCAGGGGAACUGUGUAUGAUUCUAAUUUUUCUGAAGCUCCGACUCUGUUUGAGUUUUGAACAGGAAUUACUGCUGAAUGUGACUGGAUGAAGAUCAAACUGUGUGUGAGUUUGCUCUCCUUACACUGUUAGAAUGCAUUAUGAUUCAGUUUUUCCAUUUUAUAUUACAGGAUGAUGAACAGAUAUUAUGACCUUGUUACUCGUGUCCCAUAACCACAGAAAUGACCGUAUUUGAAGGAAAUAAAUCUACGGCAUCUAUUCUGUGAGUGCAGGGAUUUUUAAAUGCAGCUGUUGUUGUUGAGAUCACAUGUGUACUGUAUAAUGCAGCAGUAUGAAUCUGAAUCAUCAAUAUGGACACAUUCAAACCGUAUAUCACCUAAUAAAGGAGCACUAGCUUUUUCAAAGGGCGUUCCUUAGUGCAUUACUGUACCUUUUACCACUUGGCUGCUGACGACAAUACAUAUACAAAUAUACAUUUAAUGAAAAUAUAAAAUCAGCCAUGUCUGGGCAUGUUUGGUUCAGGUUGGGACAAAGGUUGGGACAAAGGCUCAUUUUGACAAACAUUUACUUUAAGGCACAACACCGUUUGUUUUACAUUUUAUCAGGUUGCAUUACGUAAGAUCUUGUACCGGAUACAGAACAUAAACCAAAUGUGAAAACAAUAUAUCUGUACUGAGAGAACACAGCUCUGAAUGUUUCUUGUACAAAGUAAAGUCAUUUAUCUGAGGGGGGAUCAAAAGAAUUGCUGAAAAGAGAUUUCCAUUUUCUUGUUGAAACAAUGUUUGUAUACUGUUAUUUGAAUUAGUAGUCGCUGGAUGUUUUAUGUUCAGAUGUGAAAAUCAAAAACGUGGUUUGAAUUGCAUUUUCGCUUUUUUCUACAGCAGAAUUGUUUGUUAUAUAUGAUAUGGGUGAUGUGACGUUUAAAAAAAGUGUGAAUUUAAAAAAAGAGCAAGUGUAUAAAAAGGACAAAUCAGCAUUGAAUUGUCUUACAGUAGUUUUACGUCACUAUCAAGCACUGUUUUUCUUUUUCUUUUUUUUCUUUUUUUGUAAAUAUUCUGACCACCACACACCUGAAUCUGUGACGACCUGAAACGGUGCCAUACUGCUGAGAUACUGACAAUGGAGAAAGUAUUUUACUUUGCCGUCUGUGUAGCCACUGUACUGUUAACAAGGACAGAGGUGUUAAUGUUGUAGACUGGACCCAUGUCCUCUGACUUGACUGCUUGUUUCAAAUGUAUAAAGGUUUUUCUUCUUUUACCUUUGAAAUAAAGGAUUUCUCUAAUCACAUGGAGAAGUGUUGUCAAAAUUCAUCCAAACUUUUUAAAGUGUAGAGACUUGAGACAACAUUUUAAUCCAGAUUUUAUCAUUUCGUUUUAAUCAUUUUAUGAUUACUUUAU